UGGAGGAAAGGGCUGGACCAUCCUGGGGGCCUCAGGAGCUGUGCUCUUGGCCACAGGAAGACCCCCCCCUCAGUGGGCUGGGGGGGGGGGUGCCAAAAGCAGGAAGUUUUUGACCUGAGAAUGCUCUUCCUUCCCUGGAGCCUAGAUCUAUUUCCUUUCCUUCCUUGCAGCUGAGAUCUCUCUGCCUUCUGGAAACUAGCUCUGUGCAUGCAGGUUCCAGGUGCUGGCUGGCUGCUACACACCAGAAAUGAUGAGUGGUUUUGAAUUCAGGUAUAAUUGUUUAAAUGGUUAAGCCAGUAAUCCAAGUACUGGAGAAAAUGCCACAAAUCAAUUACACAAGAGGGAAUGUGCUGCAUACAGGCGGAGGUAUCUGGGAAAAAGCAGAGAGGACAAUUUCAGACUCAAUCCGAGGGAGCCUGGAGCUAGAGGGAAUGGCCCCUGGGAGCCUCAGACCUCCACCUCAGGAGUUGGUAACCUUCAAGGAUGUGGCUGUGGAUUUCACCCAGGAGGAGUGGGGCCUCUUGGACCAUCCUCAGAAGGAGUUGUACAAGGAGGUCAUGCUGGAGAAUUCCCAGAACCUGCUCUCCCUGGGGUUUCCAGUUCCCAGAGAAGAUAUGCAAAGGGAAGCACCAAGGAUGUUGGAGCAAGAAGUUCUGAGGAGCUGCUGUCCAGAAGGAGAAAUCAGACUUGAAAUAAAGGAAAGUAGUACAGAAAGAAGCCUUUCUCUGGCAGAAAGUGACAAGCAAAUUUUCAUGACUGAAAGUUCCUGUGACUUUACUUGGAGAGAAAUCUGUGCUGCACAUGAAAGAAUACCCACUGGAGAGAAAAUAUAUGAUUUUAAUCAGUGUAGAAAGGCUUUUAGAUUCAGCUCCAAUCUUGCUGAUCAUCAGAGAAACAACACUGAAGAGAAACCUUAUGAAUGUAAGCAAUGUAGAAAGGCUUUUACACAAAAUUCUAGUCUUCAACAACAUCAGAGAAUCCACACUGGAGAGAAACCUUAUGAAUGCAAACAAUGUGGAAAAGCUUUUACACAAAAGGCUAGUCUUAACCAACAUCAGAGAAUCCACACUGGAGAGAAACCUUAUGAAUGCAAACAAUGUGGAAAGGCUUUUACACAAAAUUCUAGUCUUCACCAACAUCAGAGAAUCCACAGUGGAGAGAAACCUUAUGAAUGUAAACAAUGUGGGAAAGCUUUUACACAAAAUUCUAGUCUUCACCAACAUCAGAGAAUCCACACUGGAGAGAAACCUUAUGAUUGUAAACAAUGUGGAAAGACUUUUACACAAAAGGCUAGUCUUAACCAACAUCAGAGCAUCCACACUGGAGAGAAACCUCAUGAAUGUAAACAGUGUGGAAAGGCUUUUACAUGUAGGUCUAGACUUAAGGAACAUCAGAGAAUCCACACUGGGGAGAAACCUUAUGAAUGUAAACAAUGUGGAAAGGCUUAUACACAGAGGACUUAUCUUAAGACACAUCAGAGAAUUCACACUGGGGAGAAACCUUAUGAAUGUAAGCAAUGUGGAAAGGCUUUUACACAAAAGUCUAGUCUUAACAAACAUCAGAAAAUCCACACUGGAGAGAAAUCUUAUGAAUGUAAACAAUGUGGAAAGUCUUUUACACGGAGGGCUUAUCUUAAGAACCAUCAAAGAAUCCACACUGGAGAGAAACCUUAUGUAUGUAAUCAGUGUGGAAAGGCUUUUACGUGCAAGUCUAGUCUUAACAAACAUCAGAGAAUCCACACUGGAGAAAAACCUUAUGAAUGUAAACAGUGUGGAAAGGCUUUUAGACAAAGCUAUAAACUUUAUGUGCACCAGAGAAUCCACACUGGAGAGAAACCUUAUGAAUGUAAACAAUGUGGAAAGGCUUUUACAGAAAGCUCUAAACUUUAUGUGCACCAGAGAAUCCACACUGGAGAGAAACCUUAUGAAUGUAAUCAAUGUGGAAAGGCUUUUAUAUGUAGGUCUCGUCUUAAUGAACAUCAGAGAAUCUACACUGGAGAGAAACCUUAUGAAUGUAAGGAAUGUGGAAAGACUUUUACAUGUAGGUUUAGUCUUAAGGAACAUCAGAGAAUCCACACUGGAGAGAAACCUUAUGAAUGUAAACAUUGUGGGAAGGCUUUUAGACAAAGCUCUAAACUUCAUGUGCACCAGAGAAUCCACACUGGAGAAAAACCUUAUGAAUGUAAUCAAUGUGGAAAGGCUUUUACAUGUAGGUCUACUCUUACCAAUCAUCAGAGAAUCCACAGUGGAGAGAAACCUUAUGAAUGUAAACAGUGUGGAAAGGCUUUUAGAUGUAGGUCUAGUCUGAAUGAACAUCUGAGAAUCCACACUGGAGAGAAACCUUAUGAAUGUAAUCAGUGUGGAAAGGCUUUUACAGAAAGCUCUAAACUUUAUGUGCAUCACAGAAUCCAUACUGGAGAGAAACCUUAUGAAUGUAAUCAAUGUGGAAAGGCUUUUACACGUAAGUCUAGUCUUAACAAACAUCAGAGAAUCCACACUGCAGAGAAAACUUAUCAGUGUAAACAAUGUGGAAAGGCUUUUCGACAAAGCUCUAAACUUUAUGUACACCAGAGAAUCCACACUGGAGAGAAACCUCAUAAAUGUAAUCAGUGUGGAAAGGCUUUUACAUGUAGGUCUACUCUUACUAAUCAUCAGAGAAUCCACAGUGGAGAGAAACCUUAUGAAUGUAAUCUAUGUGGAAAGGCUUUUUCCUGUAGGUCUAGUCUUAAUGAACAUCAGAGAAUCCACACUGGAGAGAAACCUUAUGAAUGUAAUCAAUGUGGAAAGGCUUUUACUCGUAGUUCUCAUCUUAAGGAACAUCAGAGAAUCCACACUGGAGAGAAACCUUAUGAAUGUAAACAGUGUGGAAAGGCUUUUACACAAAGCUCUAAACUUUAUGUGCAUCAGAGAAUCCACACUGGAGAGAAACCUUAUAAAUGCAAACAAUGUGGAAAGGCCUUUACACAGAGGAUUUAUCUUAAUAUGCAUCAGAUAGUCCACAGUGGAGAGAAACCUUUUGAAUGUAAACAAUGUGGAAAGGCUUUUACUUGUAGGUAUAGCCUUAACAAACAUCAGAGAAUCCACAGUGGAGAGAAACCUUAUAAAUGUAUUCAGUGUGGAAAGAGUUUUAUACUUAUGUCUUAUCUUAAUUCACAUCAGAGAAUCCACAGUGGAGAGAAACCUUAUGAAUGUAAACAAUGUGGAAAGACUUAUAAACAUAGGAUUAGUCUUAAUAUGCAUCAGAUAAUCCAUACUGGAAAGAAACCUUAUGAAUGUAAACAAUGUGGAAAAGCUUUUAUAUGUAGGUCUAGUCUUAAUGUACAUUAUCAGAGAAUUCACCCUGGGGAGACACCUUAUGAAUAUAAAUAAUGUGGAAAGGCUUUUAUACUAAAGUCUAAUCUUAAGAAAUAUCAGAAAAUCCACACUGGAGAGAAACCUUAUGAAUGUAUUCAGUGUGGAAAGAUUUUUACACAGAGGGCUAAUUUUAAGACACAUCAGAUGGCAAAGAAUUGGAAAUCGAGGGAAUGCCCAUCAAUAGGGGAAUAGCUAAACAAGUUGUGGUAUAUGAGUGUAAUGGAAUACUAUUGUGCUGUAAGAAAUGAUGAGCAGGAGGAGUUCAGAGAAA